GGGCGUAGGAGAAGCUUCCGGUAGUUUGUAGUCGACCGAGUCCGCCCUCCCCGGCACCACCCCCGUCGGGAAUCUGAUCGGCGCUCGUGGGACGUCAGUCGCGGCGACGACCACCGUGUACGUCGGAUUUCCUUGACGGUGCGGAAUUCCCAAUUCGCAUUAAUCAUGGCACAAGCUCCAGCUCCGAAACCCGUGGAACAAUUUAAACUUUUACCAAAAAUCAUAAAUGGCGGCAUCGCCGGAAUUAUUGGAGUCUCCGUAGUGUUCCCUCUCGAUUUAGUUAAAACGAGAUUGCAAAAUCAAAUUAUCGGCCCGAAUGGCGAACGAAUGUACAACUCAAUGUUUGACUGUUUUAAGAAGACUUACAGAGCGGAGGGUUACUUCGGGAUGUACAAAGGGUCCGCUGUAAAUAUAUUGUUGAUCACACCCGAAAAAGCCAUCAAACUUACUGCCAACGAUACGUUUAGACAUUAUCUUUCUCCCGGGCCUGGACAAAAAUUGCCAAUAGAACGUGAAAUGCUCGCCGGCGGCUUGGCGGGAGCAUGCCAAAUAAUCGUUACCACUCCGAUGGAGCUGCUCAAAAUACAAAUGCAAGACGCUGGCAGAGUCGCCAUGGCAGCUAAAGAAGCGGGUAAAGCCAUACCAAAGGUAUCCGCCUGGUCGUUAACGGUGGAUCUGCUCAGGAAACGAGGUAUCCUGGGGCUGUACCAAGGAACCGGCGCCACGGCACUCAGAGAUGUUACGUUCUCUGUCAUCUACUUCCCGCUGUUCGCUAGGCUGAACGACAUCGGCCCGAAGCGAGAAGACGGUUCAUCCGUGUUCUGGUGUUCAUUCCUCGCCGGCUGCGCCGCCGGCUCGACGGCGGCGUUAAUGGUGAAUCCGUUCGACGUAAUCAAAACUAGACUACAGGUCAUCAAGAAAGCACCUGGUGAACCAACGUACAACGGAGUGUUAGACUGUAUAACGAGGACGUUCAAAAACGAAGGCCCGAGAGCGUUCUUCAAGGGUGGCGCGUGCCGAAUGAUCGUGAUAGCGCCGUUGUUCGGCAUCGCGCAGACCGUCUACUACCUCGGCGUAGCCGAAUGGCUGCUGAGGUUCAAGUAAAAUCGCCAUAUCGCCGACUCGUGCCGUUCAAUGCUCUGGGAAACCGACAAUAAUUGUUGUAGACGUAGUUGUACUUGGCUUGAAAUUCUCCGUCGCCGCGAUCCGGACACCGUUGUCACAAAUCUCGCGAUCGCUUAAUCGUGUUAGGGGUAAGAUAAAAGGAGAAAGAGAGAGGGUGAAGAGAGGGCGCGCGUCGCGUCAGCCGGAACAUCGCCAUAAUUCUCGAAUCAGUCACGAAUUCUAAAUGGCUUCAUAGUUGAACGAAGUGUAUCUCUAUCUUUCUCGUGUCAAUAAUAGCCGCGAAGUGCAUUAAAACUCAUUAAUUUAAGCGAGAGACGGAGUCGAUGUACAUUGCUCGUUCGGUGCGUUGUGUUCCUUGCAAAGUAUAUAAUACUAGAGUUUUAGCGCCACGUUGAAAGGAUUUGAAAGUUGAUCGAAAGUUAUCGCGAAAUACAGCAGAGAGAUAGUCCGGAGUUAUAUCAACGAUCAAUUAAUUAUAGUCUUCACCCUAUGGCAGCCGUAUUAGGUGUUACGCGACACUCGCGUCGCCGCAUUUUUCAAUGUAACGAUGGCUUCUCAUCUUCCUCGUGUUCCACGAACUCUACAUAUUACGCGAGAUCCCGACUCCGAAUCAUGCUCGUUUUGCCGCAAACCUGUACACACACAUCACACACAUACAUAUAUAUAUAUAUAUAUAUAUAUAUAUACACACACGUAUACAUUGGGAUCUCCGUUGUUAUAUCUACCAGACUAGCCAGUCAAUUAUACAUGUAUAUUGAAGACUCUAAGCAGAUAUAUUUAUCGUGAUAUUUUUUUAAACGGUUUAUUUUAGGAUAAAGUGAUAGGAUUAUUUUGUUAAAGCUCUCCAUGUCCGUUACCUAAUUUUCUUGAUUUACUUGUUACGCCGGAAUAUGGAUGUAAUCUUUAUGGCCAUGUAAUGUAAUAUAAUAUGACGGAAAUGUUACCUCAUGUUCAAAGAUCAAA